AUGGAGGUGGCCCUCUCCCCGGAAGCCCGACCCGUUGUUUCCUCGACCGGCUGGUGGGAAGGCAGCUCCCUGGCCGACCGAACGCGAAACCGGCUGCGCGCCACCCUCCUGCUCCCACGCUCCCGGGCCCUCCGCUCCGGCCUCAGCAGCCGCCAGCGCCAAGUCUCCCGGCAGGGCCGCGGCGAGGCCACCGAGGGAGGACUGAGGCGCGCGGUUUCUCCUCCUCCCGCCCGCCCCCAAGGCCGAGACCGUUGCCAGGGAGACGGGACUUGCAGUCCAAAGAGGGGCUCGGCCCCUUCCGCGCCCCACGCAUCUUCGCCGCCCGGCCCUCGCAGUCCCUCGGUCAGCGAAGGGACGGAGGGGCGAAGGGGCAGAGGGGCGGCGAGGGGCCCCCUAACCCACCUGCGGGCCAGGGCAGCGACACCAGGGGGACAAAGACACCCGGAACCACCACAGCCGCUGCUGCCGCCGCCACCGGAAGCGCCUCUCCGGAAGCGCGACCACUGGUCGGAAGCUGCCACUCUCCCGGAUAUGGUCCCUCCCUCGUCUCCGCCGACCUCUCCCUUCCCCCACGCCGGCCUGCCAUCCCGCGGCAACUGGGGAGCGGAAGUGCGCCUUCCCGGAUCGGAUGCGCGUCAGGAAGUCGCGCCUCGAUAGUGUCCUCGCUAAAGAAUCCCAUCAGAAAAGAAGGCUUCGGAUCAUUGGUUCCGGAAUCUAAGGCAGCGGGAGCUGGACUACCCCAAACACAAGGAACCCCCGACUGCUUACCACGCCCGCCUCCCUCUGGCAGUCGAGACUGCAACAGAUGAGGAAACCAGCCCCUCCUGACUGGAGGAGGAGGAUGCCUAUCAGUGGCCAUUUCUAAGAGACAUUCCUGUGUCUGACUCAAGCCAGUGACCCCCAUGCCUAUAGCCAGUCAGGAAUCAGUGCCCUAAUUCUCAAAUAUGAAAUCUAAGGGGCCUCAAUGAAGUGGCCUGCUCAAAAUCUUGCCAGAGAUCUGCCAGUUUAGUCCUCAUUAGCAAUCCCAUGCCCCCCUUAUCCCUCCAGCCUUGCUUUCCCCGUUCCUAUUCACUUAACGUUUACAAAGCACUUUGAGGCAGUUUAAUCUCACUUUAUCCUCAUAACAAGUCUGUGAGGUAGGUAGGGCAGGCAUCAUUAUUCCCAGCUGGAAACUGUGGCUCAGAAAGGUUGAUUUAGGGUCUAAAAACUAGUACAGGCAUCUGGUUUGAGUUAGGGCCUGUAAACGCUAGCACGGGGGAGAGAAGCUGAGCACUGGCUUUGAAAGUUAUUCUUCUGUUCCCAGGUUGUCCCUGAUCUUCCUCAUUUCUGGUGCAGUCUUCAGGAGUCUGGGGCAAGACUCCAUGCAGAGGCAGUCAAAGCCACACCGUUCUCUGUCCCAGGGCUGCCAGCACGGCUCUGAGGCAGAAAGCUCAGUAACUGCCCACUGGGGAAUAAAGGUCAGUUCCAUCCUUCUGCAGUGACCUCCCCCAGAAUAUCAGCCCUUUGGAUGCAUUAUUUCAGAAGAGAUGGUUGGAUCCAGCCAGCUUGCAACACUGACAGUCACACAGAGAUAUGCAUACCAUUGUGCAUAAAUACACAUCUGCAACAUGCUGGGCCCAGACAGGUCACCGUGUCAAAAACACUCCAUGGACACCUGAUAAUGAGUGAGUUCACAUUGUGGAAGCCCAGGGAUUUCUGGUGAGGAGGAACAGCCCUGGAGCUGCCGCAUCUUGGGGGCCUCUCAAGAAACCAGGGCUCCUGACCAGACUGCUUAGAGGAGAAAGAUUCACCCUCCACUCAAGAGAGGAGGGCAGGCGUCAGCAGCUUUUCCUGGCAAUGUGGAGAAGCAGCAACAGGGCAAACGGCGAGGAAGACUUCACAGCAAGUCCCCUCCACCCAGGGUCACCAGGUGCACCGAGAGGUCUCAGCCUACAGAAAGGUUUUGUGCUCGUUGUUUCUUAACCACUAAUGACGGCAUAAAGGUUUUCCGGUGGGGGCGGCACUGAGGCCUUUCAGGGAGGUCCCUGGACUCGAUCCUGUGGAAUAAAAAGAAGACAUUAGGCUAGGAAGAGAAAAUAAAACUAACAAUGGUCC